GUACCGUUUGUUUCCACACUGUUAAAUACGAUCGAAUAUUUUCCCUAAGCACGAGGCCAUGCACCCUAUAUAUAUAUACCCCUCUAACAAUGUAAGCAAAUAUCCCCCACAAGGCAACACUCUCACCGGCCACUUCUCUCUCCACCACCAGAACCCAAAACAGCCCGGAAAAAAAUGGCGGCAAAAUCAAAAACCUUCCCGCCGGUGGAGGACUGUCCAUCCAUCGGCAGAGAGAACGACACCGUAGUAGCCGACAUGGACGGAACCCUCCUCUGCGGCCGCAGCUCCUUCCCCUACUUCGCCCUCAUCGCCUUCGAAGUCGGCGGCGUCCUCCGCCUCCUCUUCCUCCUCCUCGCCUCCCCAUUCGCCGCCGCCCUCUACUACCUGAUCUCCGAGUCCGCCGGGAUUCAGGUGCUGAUCUUUGCGGCCUUCGCCGGGGCCCGCGUGGCGGACAUCGAGUCGGUGGCGCGGGCCGUGCUGCCGAAGUUCUACUCGGGGGACCUGCACCCGGACACGUGGCGGGUGUUCUCGUCGUGCGGGAGGCGGUGGGUGCUGACGGCGAACCCGAGGAUCAUGGUGGAGCCGUUUCUCAAGGAGUUUCUCGGGGCGGAUGUGGUGAUGGGGACGGAGGUUGGGGCGGUGAGAGGGCGGGCGACGGGGUUUGUGAAGGGGCCGGCGGGGGUUCUUGUUGGGGUGAAUAAGGCGGAUGCGUUGAUGGCGGCGGUUGGUGUCGGCGGAGCGGUGCCGGAGAUUGGGCUCGGUGACCGGAAAACUGACCAUCCUUUCAUGCAGCUUUGCAAGGAAGGAUACAUAGUGCCACCGAAGUCAGAAGUCAAACCGGUCCCCGUUGACAAACUACCAAAGCCCAUCGUCUUCCACGACGGCCGGCUGGUCCAAAAGCCCACUCCUUUAACCGCGCUCUUCAUCGUCCUAUGGAUCCCCGUCGGCUUCCUCCUGGCCUGCGUCCGCAUCGCCGCCGGCUCGCUCCUCCCCAUGUCCCUCGUCUACCACGCCUUCUGGGCCCUCGGCGUCCGCGUCCACGUCAAGGGAAGCCCGCCGCCGUCCGCGAAAUCCGGCGAACAGACGGGAGUCCUGUUUAUUUGCUCCCACCGCACUUUGCUCGACCCGAUCUUUCUCUCCACCGCCCUCCGCCGCCCCAUCCCCGCGGUGACCUACUCCCUGUCGCGCCUCUCCGAGUUGAUCUCCCCCAUCAAGACCGUCCGGCUCAGCCGGGACCGAGCUGCCGACGCCGGCAUGAUCAAGAAGCUUCUGGAAGACGGGGACCUCGUCAUUUGCCCCGAGGGGACCACAUGCAGGGAGCCAUUCCUGCUGAGGUUCUCGGCGCUGUUCGCGGAGCUAACCGACGAGCUGGUUCCGGUGGCGAUGUCGAACCGGAUGAGCAUGUUCCACGGAACCACGGCUCGAGGGUGGAAAGGGAUGGACCCCUUCUACUUCUUCAUGAACCCUAGCCCGGUGUACGAGGUGAGGUUCCUAAACAAACUGCCCUACGAUUUGACAUGCGGCGCCGGCGGUAAGUCGAGCCAUGAGGUGGCGAAUUACAUCCAGAGGACGAUCGCCGCCACAUUGUCGUACGAGUGCACCAGCUUCACCAGAAAAGAUAAGUACAGGGCGCUUGCGGGCAACGACGGCAUCGUGGGGGAUCAUAAGAAGGUGGCUAAUGGCAACAUGUCGCCAUUUAAGGUCAUGGGAUGUUAAAGGCGUUGAUCAGUGUUGAACAAAUAUGAUGAUGUUAAUUACGACGCUUGUUAUUAGUGGGGUGUUUAGUAGAGCAGUCAUAUGAAUCCAAUGUCCAAGAAAGAUGGGAUUUUGAUAAUAGACAGAUACAUAUAUGUUUACAUGCUGAUAAAUUGGAAGUUGAAAACCAAAAUGUGCUUACCCGCGGUGAAUAGUGAAUCGUAUACUUUAUAUUUUAGGAUAAUUUGGGUGUGCGAGUGAAUUCUCAGAGAUAAAUAUUGUAUAGUCUGGUCUUAGGAGGCCUUGUAUUUUGUCGUAUCUUUGCUGCUUCCCUCUCAGAAUAACUUUGGGAAAAAAAAAUGUGUAGUCUAUAUAUAAUUUAAUCACGUACCUCUAAUAAAAGUUAACCGUACUUUAGAAACCAUUAAAGUCCCAUAACUUAAAAAUUCAUAUUUAAUUUAAGUGCGAUUGUCCACACUACAACCUUACCAAUGCCAAUUUUCAUUAAAUCCCGUCGGCUAUAAUUUCUCUACAAUUUCAUUUUAAGGUUGAGUGCCGUCUAAGGAAAGGUAAACCAUUGGUAAAAGUGAAAGAGAGAGAACCCAAAGCAGAUCGUAUAUUUGUGUCUAUUGCAAAACACACCAUAAAUUGAACAAACGUUACAUUUCAGUAUAACUGCGCUGAUACGGAUCGGGAAAUUAUCGGAAUCGAGAAAGCAAAAAUACGAAAGCGAGAAUCGAAAAUAGACACACGAUUUACGUGGUUCACUAACACAUUGUCUGUUAGCUAGUCCACGGGCAAGAGAGACCCAAUUUCACUAUAUCAUGGAUCUUUCAAAUUACAAAGGAGAUGAGAAGUAUUUAUACUUCUCCAUGUGAGUCUAAACCUAAUCAAAUAUGGUAAAAGGAAACGGUUAAGCUAUAGCAUGGAUAUCUAUUAUGUCCAGUUUGAACACCAAAUCUGUAAAACAAAGCUUCUUUUAAGACAUGUAAAAUUCUAACUAAACUAGCUGAAAUCUUGUCUCAAUUAACAAGACAUUAUAAUUAUUGUGUUUAAAGCGUUCUUGAGCUAUUGAAUUACUACAAAGAAGCUAUCAAAAAACACAAAAUCGGAAACUAUGAAUUCAAUUUAAGGCAAAAGAGGUAAACCACUUUGACAGAUCAAUUCGGUGUUUUACUUUAUAGUUUCAUAGGGCAAAAAUUUAUCUAAUACAUCCAUCCGUUAUAAUAAUAUGAUAAAUUGUUGAAUGAUAUGAUAGUUAAUGAACUAACAUCCUAUAUGAAAAACAGAUAUAUGCAAUGGAAAGAUGAACAAGAAUAUAAAAAUCUAUCAUGAUUUUGCCUCUCUAUAAUUUCCUUUAUGCGUCAUCUUUUUCCAUCUUGCUUUCAAGUUUUUAAUUUAUCCACUCACAACUUCUGCUAACCAACAAUGACAUCAUGAAUUAAGCAAAUGGGUUAUAAAUAUGAUCUCUAGAUGAACUCCGUAUAGAAUUAUCUAUUCUCAUUCAAACAAAGCUUUACGGAAUCUUAUAUUUACAAAUCAAUAUUCAAUAGUCUCCCUCGUCCUUAUCAUAUGAUUAAUCAACUAAACAAUAAUACUUAUAAUGAUGACAUUACGAAAUCAAAUUACACUUUUGAA